AAAUGGGGUCUUUUCCCACAGUGGAGUGGAAGAGAAGGCAGACUGACUGACGGUCAUGCAACAAUAUUGAUACAGUUCUACAACCUAACUUUCCCCUUUUUUAUCCCCCUUAACCUCGGCCUUGGUACCUUCGCGUUACCAAGAGGCAUACCCAGGGCCUGACUUCAUCCAUGAUGAAUAGCAGAACGGGCGCUAUCGCAGUCGGCGUGUGCGGCGCGCUGUUCCUCGGCUACUGCAUCUACUUCGACAGGAAAAGAAGGAGUGACCCCAACUUCAAGCAAAAGCUCCGGGAACGGAGAAGAAAACAGAAGGUAGCCCAGGACCGACAAGGCCUGUCCAGGUUACCUGACCUGAAGGAUGCCGAGGCCGUGCAGAAGUUCUUCCUGGAGGAGAUCCAACUGGGAGAGGAGCUGCUGGCACAGGGUGACUAUGAGAAGGGUGUGGACCACCUGACCAAUGCCAUCGCGGUGUGUGGCCAGCCCCAGCAGCUCCUCCAGGUCCUCCAGCAGACGCUGCCCCCGCCCGUAUUCCAGAUGCUACUCACCAAGCUACCCACCAUCAGCCAGCGCAUCGUCAACGCCCAGACCUCUCCUGAUGAUGACGUGGAGUGAUUAAGCAAGUCACCUUGACGGCAACGACAUAUCAGAUUUUUAACCUUUUGUUUUUUUUUUCCUUUUUCUUUUUUAUUUAUCAUUCAUCAUCUCAUCCCUCAUCCCACCGGCUCUGAAGGUCCUAAAAAACAAAGCCAACACCCAUCCAGUAACACUGUGUCCAUUAUCCAAGCUAAACACCCACCCCUUGUCCCUCCCCCUGCACAAAUGUAGAGCUCUCGGCUGAUGGAAGAAUUCAGUGGGCCCUUCUCAAAACCUAGAACAGUGUCCUUCCAAGUGUAUCAGCAUAAUUAGUCACACCCAGUGAUUGGAUACUCUUUAUUAGUCACACCCAGUGAUUGGAUAUUCUGUAGAGUUCACCAAAGAGUAUCCAAUCACUGGGCGUGACUAAUUAGGCUGGUGCACUUGGAAGGACACGGUCCUAGGUUUUGAGAAAGGCCCAGUAUUGAAGCAUAGGAUAUUCUAGGUGGGGGUGGUAUUCCAAAAAGGGGAUUUCAGUGACUAACCUGUCUAGGUUUAAGCUUACUUAGAGCAAGUUGUGAACUUCACAAUAGAAAGGUUCCAGAAGUUCAUUCUUCUGGCGAAACAAAGCUAUAAUUGCUGUUCUAGUAUAAUAUUUACCCAAUGCUUUGGUAAGACAACUGAGCUCUCUUUCUAGAAUUACCUGUACACCCCUGGUUGCAUUGCACUGUUAUUGUCUCUCUGAAUCCUCUUCCCUUUUAAAUUGGAUGGCUAUGGAAAAACUCAUUACCUCGCUACAUAACCUACCUAGGAAAUGUUUUUUGUUAAUGAUGAAAAACACCAUGUUUUGAUGUCCAACGAUACAGCAUCUCAUUUUUGAGUUGUCAUUUGUUACAAAUGAGAGUACAGUACUCCCAGAUCUGAAGGACAUUUGACAUUCAUUGUAUUAUAUUCUCGCAAUCACAAAUUUUACGUGAUUUAUUAUUUUUUUAAAUAACAACUAAUAAAGUGAAGGAAAUUUG